AUGGCUAACAUUGCAGACCUGGUGAUGGACCCACUAUGGCAAGACCUUGAUAGGGUAGUUGGGCAGCUGUUUAUCAUGGGGUGGGAUGGGACGGAGGUGACGCCGCAAAUUCGGAGCUUGAUCCAAGACCACCAUAUCGGCUCCAUUAUUCUCACAGCCAAAAACCUUAAAACUGCCCACGAAACGGCAAAUCUUGUCCAAGAGCUUCAGACGAUUGCCAAAGAGGCCGGGCACCGCCAGCCCCUCCUUAUCGCUUUGGACCAGGAGAAUGGUGGUGUGAAUAGUCUUUUCGAUGAGGACUAUAUUUGCCAAUUUCCUAGCCAGAUGGGCGUCGCCGCCGCCGGCCGUCCGGAGCUGGCGUAUGAAGUUAACAAGGCGACGGCCACAGAGAUCACAGCAUGCGGUAUCAACCUCGUGCUCGGUCCCGUCCUUGAUGUCUUGUCGAACACGCGUGACCAGCCAAUUGCUUGUAGGGCUACGUCUGAUGAUCCCCAAGAGGUCUCGCAGUACGGAAUUAUGGCCAUGAACGGCAUCAAGGAUGCAGGUGCUGCAUCAUGUGGCAAACACUUUCCGACGUAUGGCAGCCUGGAUUUCCGCGGGUCGAGUGUGGAUAUGCCCGUCAUCACACAGACUCUCGAGGAACUUAGCCUUAGCGCUCUAGUUCCCUUCCGAGACGCCAUUGCUAGCGGGAAUCUGGAUGCCGUCUUCGUGGGAGGUUGUAGGAUCUCUAAUCCCUCCAUGAACGUCCAGCACGCCUGCCUAUCUGACCAAUGUCUCGAGAUGGAGUCCCUGAGCCACGAGAUAGGUGUUCAAAACGGAGUGGUCAUGGGCGUCGAGGCCGGCUGCGAUCUCAUCCUGUUGUGUCGUGCUUACGAUGUUCAGCUUGAGGCGAUCCAGGGCCUGAAGUUGGGAAUUGAAAACGGCAUAGUGACCAAGCAGCGUCUCUUCACUUCCCUGGAUAGGGUGCAAAAGUUGAAGGCAAAAUGCACGUCCUGGUCCAAGGCCCUGAACCCUCCGGGCACGUCGUUGCUGUCCAAACUUCACCCGACCCACUCUGCGCUCUCUAGGCAUGCCUACGACGACUCCAUCGUUGUUGUGCGCGACAAAGAGAAGCUUAUACCCUAA